CGCUACCAUCGUUGUUCGGGCCAGAGUUUAGCUUACAGUAUUUAGUUUUUUUCUUUCGUACACUUGCUUCAUGCGAGUUCAUGGAAAUCGCUCGCGAUAAUUAGGUGAUGUCGGUUAAAAAUUCCUGUAGCGUAACGCGCAAACCAUACCCCCUGUAUCUCAGUAUCUGUAAUUCUACCGUAAUAAAUCUGUAGUGUAGAGUAUUAAAGUUAAGUGGAAUUUGAAUAUCGCUUCCUUCACCAUCAAGUUCACGCAUCUGAAAUAAAUAACUGGCCAACGAAUAUCAUACUCCACGCGAACUAGUAACCGGACGAGAGGCCGUGGUUCGCCAUAUGGUUGGGAUGUCUAAUCGGCUUACCCCUCCCUCGGGAUAAAUAUGUAAAUCUUAUGUUGAUUCAUUCAUCAUCCUUAAAUAACAAGAUUGACCUAAACAGAAAGUCUUUUGUUACGAGUUUUCGAACUUUGAAUACAUAAUAUAAAUAGUAGGUUACAUUUUAUAAAGUGAAAAGGGAAAUCCAACAAAGUCGACCACGACCGGAUGCCCGAUUACCAGACACUAGUUGUCGAUUAAAAUCGAAUAUUCGCGCAACAUGGGCCAACGCCAAACUAUUGUAUGCUUAUCCUCAUCGGUGGAUCCCGAAAAGGACAACUCAUUGGGUACUCCUGUGGACCCGCCAAAGUUUUUACACAUGAUCAAUGGUGAUCCCACUCCCGAAGAGACGGCGAAGGGGGCGAAGACAAGUUAUCAAAAAAAGAAGACGGUUCGAAAUACAAAAUGCAAACCGCGAAUUCGUGGACAAUAUGGAUACCGUAUGCCACCAAGAAGUCAAGGUCAAAGGUCGUCCACGGUUAUUCCUGUCAAACACAAUUUGAAGCUUUGGGGUACAUUUGGAUGCCACGUGAAACCACGAAGCGGCGGAGUGGUAGCCAUGACAUCAGCUGAAUCUUGCAGAGAGCUCCGUUGCACACGUAUGACCGAUUUCGAUCACCGCAUGACAGCGGGAUGAAGUGAAUGUUCUAUUUUGUUUGAUACUUUUUAUAUUUUUUAUAGAUACAACUAUAUAUAUAUAAUAAAU